UUGCCAAGAUUUUGAGAAGAACUACAUAUAUAUACUGUACAUGUGUGUGGAUCUUCGCUACCUCGAGAUUGACAACAACACAUGACUUAUCAUUAUACAGCCAGAAGAUCCAACCAUAGAUUCGCAUAACUUUAUCGCUGUAAAUUUAUCUGGCUUGCCUCAGGCACCAAUCCAUUUGACAAAUAGAAUGUCAAAUUGUCUUUUAUUGCAUGCAGUUAAGCGAAGAAUUAGAGAGACUUAAUACAAGUGUGUUGUUAUGAAAAGUAUCCGAGUUACGCAUCCGUAGUUGUUAUACCAUAUUUAAAGCGUUGUUUGAAGACGCUGCUUCCUAAUCCUGGCUAUAUUCGAUGUAAAUAGUUUAAUUUUCAAUGUACAUAUUUAAGUGCAUAUUUCAAGUACAUAAUUAUUUAAAGAUGCACGAGAGGCUCAGUGAUUCACAAGAUGUAUGAGAGUAUUUUUCAAUCUUUGGCUAAUCCACCGUUUAGGCUAAACGCCUUUCGAACAACUGGCCCCAGGAGCACAGUCCUAAUUAAGCAAACGAUGAUAAGAUCACAACGUCGCCAGGCUAUUCUUACAUUCCUCGCUGUCAUCGGCAGUGUUUCGCUCUUAAACUUCGUUGGAACUUUCUUAAACAAGACAUUCAGCACGUUUGGUCCAUGCCUUUGUAAUUCUCGCAUCAUUUUCAACGAAUCCGGAGUGAUAGACACGAGCAGCUGCUGGAGACAACUGGCUAAAACUACGUACGUGUUCACAGCGUAUUUAGAUGAUCGUGAUCCUUGCAUGGCACUUAUUACUGUUUUGGGAUUUGGCGUAAUGUCAGAGGCGCCACUUCGUGGUACGUUGUUGCUGCACAGCGGUGAACGAAUAGAGCUCGGAAAGUACAAAAAAAAGAUGAUACUGAACCCGUACGGAGACUACUCCCUCGAAAGACUGGGACCGUAUACGUAUUCUUGGCCGUUGCCCGCUACAGUUCCUUCGGUAGGCUAUCUGAAGUCGAUUGAGGUUCAACAGAUUAGAUCGUACGCAGGUAAAACAGAAACGACUGUAAUUCCUAUAACACGGCCAGUCUACUCGACCAAAACGUUCGGAGUUUGCAUAGAUUCGCCAUUAUUUGGAAAUGUAGACGCACGUGCCAUUAUCGAGAACAUCGAAAUCAACAAAGUGCUCGGAGCAGAAUGGUUUACAUUUUAUAUUUACAACUCCGAUCAAGCAGCGCUUCAGGUAUUGCAGAGAUAUGCCAGCGAAGGGAUGGUGGAGGUCGUACAAAACUGGGGGGAAGGUUUACCCAAAGACAUCACACAUUACUUCGGGCAGACAUUGAGCAUUAACGAAUGCGCGUAUCGAAAUUUGUACAGGGUGAAGUACUUGGUCUACACAGACUUGGACGAAUUCAUCGUUCCAAAGAUAUCGUUAGGAUGGAAGGACAUGAUGAAAACUAUUGAGAGUGUUAGAGAUGGAACAUACUUGUUCAGACAUGCAUACUUCUUUGAAAACUUAAACGCAACAAGUACAGUUAAAACUUCCUUCCCUUGUUCUGGGUCACGGAACGUGAAACUACCCAGCUUCUUAUCACGCGUGACAAGAUCGCGAGAGAUCCACCCGCCAGAGGUAAGGUCAAAAUACAUGAUCAAGCCGUCGUACGCGACAGCGGUUGGGGUCCACGAGGUUUUCAAGCACGUCACAUAUUAUGUCAGGACCUACGUUGUACCACCUGAAUUUGCUUUACUUCAUCACUGUCGUAGGUUUGAGGAAGGGAUUUCUCCUAUGACCGAUGUGAAUCAUCAGCUUGUCCCAGAUGCACGCGCACUGGUCUUCAAAACGAGGAUUGUGGCCGGAUUAAGAAAACGCUUGUGCUUUACUUGAAGUAAAAUUGAUGAAAAUUGACCGCAUUGAGAUAGAUAUGGAAAUGCUUUAGGGUAAAUUUGACCUCUAGUCUCUUGACAUGCGCAGUGUAUGAAGUGCUCGAUCGCGUGUUUACAUUGCGUGGAAGGACUUGGUUCUAGCUAGAAACUUGCAACUUGGUUCAAUCGUUAUAACGGCUAGAUACGAGGCAAGUGUUGGCUCUGGUCGUCUUGGCCACUAAUGGUCACUUUAGGCGAUGACUUGAGGAAAAAACUUUAAAGUUUGGAUGGACGAUAUGAAUUGAAUUCUGCGAUACUGUACGAUGUUAUAACUUAAGAUUUGAAAAUUUUCCUAAGAUUUUUGCAAACACUGAUCGU